CUGAAAUACUUAUCGUGAAAGUCUUUUCAAUCAUGGGCGCUGGCCAGUCCAAAGCGGACACAGAAGAAAAGGUCUUUUACAAUGAGACACCCAUACAGUUCUCGCAGGAUGUCGUGAACCACCUCUCGGAUCGCUCAAUGUCACCCGACACCUCGCCAGAACGGCAAUCUACACUUGAUGCCCACGUACGUGCUCGUAUACAAGCGGAGCUGCAGCAUCUACGAGCGGAAGAGGAAAGUGUACAGAAGGAAAUAGAACUCGCCCUUGAGAGGGAGAACAUUGACCGGGAGAUGUCCUCGGCAGGCGGAGAACCUUCGGAUGAGGUCGCUGAGGGUGAUGUCAAGAAUAGCAUGACGUUGAUGGGAGAUCUUGAAGAGAUUCGUACCAAGGUCGACAGGUUCCAGGCCAGGAAGCAGCUGAGCGAUUAUCCUGGGGUCAAGGAAAGCGGCGAAGCAGUUGUGUUAUGCUAUAGACAAAAUCCCACCGCGCCUUUGGACUGCUGGCGAGAAGUGAGGGAAUUCAACGCUAGUGUAGCUCAAGCGGAAUCGCAACAUCUCGCUUCUCUUCGGUAGGCACCAUCAAGAGCCAAGACCCACUACCACACUUGUGGCAUGGUCCAUGUCGUGUUUCAUGGGAGAGUCUAGUAGGGUGUGAAUCCUAUGCUAUGGAUAGUACAAUUUGAUUUCGUGGCCCAAUCAUUCGUCCUCUGGAAAUAGCCCCCCAGCCUUCACCCUGCUGAAGGCACAAUGACCCAGCACUAAUAUUUGACACCCGAUGUAAUUGGGUAAUGUGCGCAGAGUCCCGCAGGCUUGAGCUAGGAACUACUGUAUCUGUCUGCUCUUCACCAAUGGUGUAGGGCUCGGAGCUAUGACCAAAUCUUGAAAGGUGUCGAGGGCCACCCAAGGCUGCUGUUAUGACAGCUGCGGGCACGC